UCAGAAAUAAUUUCUUUAUAUAUUUCAGUGCUGUAUUAAGAAAACUGUACCAGAAUAAGAAGGUGGCCAAUGCCACACACAACAUGUAUGCUUACCGAUUCAUCCCUGAAGGCUCUUCUAACCUACAUCAAGAUUGUGAAGAUGAUGGUGAGGACCAUGCUGGUGGACGAAUGCUUCACCUUCUUCAAAUUGUGGAUACCCAGAAUGUCUUGGUUGUGGUCUCAAGAUGGUUUGGGGGCAUCCUUCUAGGGCCUGACAGAUUCAAGCAUAUAAACAAUGCUACAAGGCAGAUACUUGAAAGCUGUGGAUAUAUUAAGCAUCAGGAAAGCACAAAAAAAAAUAAAAAGACAAAGUAGCAAAA